CCUAUCCCAAUGCCAAUAAUUAUGUAAAUAGAACUUACCUCCACAACACCUAUUCCUAUCCCAAUGCCAAUAAUUAUGUAAAUAGAACUUACCUCCACAACACCUAUUCCUAUCCCAAUGCCAAUAAUUAUGUAAAUAGAACUUACCUCCACAAGACCUAUUCCCAUCCCAAUGCCAAUAAUUAUGUAAAUAGAACUUACCUCCAUAACACCUAUUCCUAUCCCAAUGCCAAUAAUUAUGUAAAUAGAACUUACCUCCAUAACACCUAUUCCUAUCCCAAUGCCAAUAAUUAUGUAAAUAGAACUUACCUCCACAACACCUAUUCCUAUCCCAAUGCCAAUAAUUAUGUAAAUAUAACUUACCUCCACAACACCUAUUCCUAUCCCAAUGCCAAUAAUUAUGUAAAUAUAACUUACCUCCACAACACCUAUUCCUAUCCCAGUGCCAAUUAUUAUGUAAAUAUAACUUACCUCCACAACACCUAUUCCUAUCCCAAUGCCAAUAAUUAUGUAAAUAUAACUUACCUCCACAACACCUAUUCCUAUCCCAGUGCCAAUUAUUAUGUAAAUAGAACUUACCUCCACAACACCUAUUCCUAUCCCAAUGCCAAUAAUUAUGUGAAUAGAACUUACCUCCACAACACCUAUUCCUAUCCCAAUGCCAAUAAUUAUGUAAAUAUAACUUACCUCCACAACACCUAUUCCUAUCCCAGUGCCAAUAACUAUGUAAAUAGAACUAACCUCCACAACACCUAUUCCUAUCCCAAUGCCAAUUAUUAUGUAAAUAGAACUUACCUCCACAACACCUAUUCCUAUCCCAAUGCCAAUACUUAUGUAAAUAUAACUUACCUCCACAACACCUAUUCCUAUCCCAGUGCCAAUUAUUAUGUAAAUAGAACUUACCUCCACAACACCUAUUCCUAUCCCAAUGCCAAUAAUUAUGUAGGCAUUCUGCAGGACGAAGUCAUAAAUGGUUUGAUAACAUCCCUGGAAGGAUAUAAUCAGAAUAUAUCACGAUGUUAUGGUUUGAUUCACGGCCUUGUAUAUUAUGCCAAUUAUUAUGUAGGCAUUCUGCAGGACGAAGUCAUAAAUGGUUUGAUAACAUCCCUGGAAGGAUAUAAUCAAAAUAUAUCACAAUGUUAUGGUUUAAUUCUCGGCCUUGUAUAUUAUUUUUGUACAUUUACAUUUUUAUGAAAAAUAGACGUUAGGGUUCCUACCGUGUUUAGCCAUGAAUUGGAUGUUGUUGGUGCAAUGGGACAUGUGUCAUUGACGAAUGUCAACGAGCCGAUAUUGCUGGGGUAUAAUGAUUUGUCGGUAAACCGACAACAAGAGGGUGGGAUCACCAUGUUUACAGUGCUAGAGAUGUUAUUCGUAGUCAAUGUAUAUGAUCUGUUCCAUGCCGAAGCAACAUCGAAAUCUGUAGAGUUGUUAAUCCCGCAGCAGUCAAACUGAAAGGAAUGAAGAAAUUGAUAAAUGAUUAUUCAAAACAAAUGAAGAAAUAGAUGAGUCACUACUCAAAACAAACGUAGAAAUAAAUGAAUGAUUAUUCAAAACAAAUGAAGAAAUGGAUAAUUGAUAUUCAAAACAAAAUAAGAAAUAGAUGAAUGAUUGUUCAAAACAAAUGAAGAAAUUGAUAAUUGAUAUUCAAAACAAAAUAAGAAAUAGAUGAAUGAUUAUUCAAAAAAAUAAAGAAAUAUAUGAA